GGAGAGCGAGCGAGGGAGAGAGAGAGAGAGGGGAAGGUGGGGGCUGCAAGUAGAACCAGACUGUGAGUGUAAGAGAAAGAAAAAGGAUAUUGAAAAGGGAAGGGAGGAGCAGAGAGAGGUAAUGAGAAAGGAAAAAGGAGAAAACAGAAAGUGACGGCCGUAAGAAGAGACAGAGAGCGGGCGUGCGUUCCAUGGGGGGAGGUGUGUGUGCGUGUGUACGUGCGUGUCGGUGCUUGUGUGCCGCAACAACAACAAAAAAGCCUCCACCAGAUUGCUAGUGGCUCCCCUCCUCUCCCUGCUGUGUCUCUCCACUUCCACUGGCAGGACGUCUAGACCCAUACUGUUUCGGACACUGGUUCAGUGGAUGGCCCCAGAAGAGGAGGCCAGAUGGAAACUGGGUCACAUGACCGCCUCGAAGAAGGCGGUUCGUUGAGCCUGGAACCGACCAAUGGGGUGAGCCGGCAACCCAGUGACACCAAUGAGGAGGGUGGAGCCGGCCUGGACACCCAGAGGGAGCCCCAUCGGUCAGGGAGUGUUCCCCCAGGACAGGGUUGGGUACCUGGGCAGGGCAAAGCCCCUCAACCCCAGAAGCAGCUGCCCUGCAGUGGCUGGAGCAGUAGUGGUAGGACUCCUGGGAAGCCCGUCCACGAGGCAGACAUGGAGGACGCACGCAAUCUGGUAGCCUUCUCAGCCAGCGUUAAUGUGGGCUCCCUGGCCCCCAUCCCCGAGGCCCAGUCCUACACCGCCCAGCUGUAUGAGAAGUUCAACCAGGAGAUGGGCACUGCUAAGGGGGCCGCGGCUCAAGCCAGGCUCCAAGCCCCAGAGGGAGGGGACCAGGCUAGCCCCCCAGAGGACUUGAACACCCUGCAGACCACCCUGAAGACCGCCCUGAGCCAAGCGAGGCACGGCCACAAGCCCCCAAACUGUGACUGUGAUGGGCCGGACUGCCCAGACUACUUGGAGUGGCUGGAAAAGAGGCUCAAACAGGCGGGGGCAGGGGAGGAGCAGGACAACAACACACCCUGUUCCAAGAUGGCCGCCGACACGCCGCCUCAUCAACAGCCACCACAUUCACAACAGCCCCCUCACCCCCACCACCGUCCUCACCCCCAUGUCAAUGGAGGUAACCCGCCCUCCUGUCCACCCCUUCACCCACACCAACAGGGCCAACACCCAGGCUCUGUCCCCUGCUCACCUCAGGUCCUCUCCAUCGCCAAGGAGAAGAACGUCAGUCUGCAGACGGCCAUAGCCAUCGAGGCCCUGACCCAGCUGUCUGCCACCGUACCCCAGACUGUGGUCCCUCCUGCCCAGGCCUCCUCCACCAGCCACCAACAACCCCCUCUACACCCCCAGCACGGCAACCGCUUGCUCCCCUCCUCCCCCAGCCCCAUGUCCUCUUUGUCCUCCUCGCGGUCACAAUCUGUCCCCCCUGGACUGUACCCCCAGCAGAGCUCCGCGUCGUGGGAGCAGCAGCACAGACCCCAGUCCCAGGGUCAACCGGCCCACGCCUCCCCUCUCCCGUCCUCCACUUUGCUUUUCCCCGGGCAGACCCAGGCAGGCAGCCCCCACCCUCAGCAGUGGCAGCAGCAGCAGGCCCCUGGAGGAAUCCAAGAGCAGAGGAACCAGUGGAUGAUGAUGAACUCAGACUCCCAGCAGUCUCACUUCGCCCCUCCAUCCGGUGGCCACAGCGUUGGCGACCCCAUGUCCGAGCUCAAACAGCUACUGGGGGACUCCAGCGGAAAGUACAUAAAUGACCCCUUCAAGCUGCCUAUCCCACACCACCACAUCAAGCAGGAACCAGGGAUGCCUCAGGUCAAGCAGGAGGUCAACUCUGGGGAGUACCAGAGCGCUGCCUGUGCCUACAUGGGCGGUCGCUACGGCCUGAUGAACGGCCAGCAGCAGCCUGGGUAUCCUGGUCCACCUCUCUCCGCGGGCAGCGCAGCCAUCCACUACUCCACCCAGACAGCCCUGCAGCAGCACCUUCACCACAAGAGGAACCUCUUCUCUAAUCCUCCCGGCCCCCCAGGCCUCUGCCCUCCACGCCCCACCCAGGCCUGCCAGAACCUCCGCAAGUGGUGGCCCCAACAGAUGGGCCCCGAGGGCCACCUCAUCCCUGUGGCCAUCAAGCAGGAGCCCAAGGAGCCCAAGAGGAGGAAGAGCACGGCGGGGACAUCGCCGCUCCUCAAGCAGCAACCAGGGAUGCUGCUCUAUCCAGGUCCAAAACCCAAGACGAUAGUCAUCAAGAAAACCAAGCAGAAGGCCUCCCUGCCAACCUUCCUGCCUCACAGCCAGAUCUCCAUACAGAAACCGUCUCCACUGAUCGGAGCCCUGCCUCUGGCCAGCGCCCAUUCAGGUUCUCUCCCUUUCCCUACCUUCCCCCUCCUCAGUAACCCCACUCAGGCUGCCGCAGGCCUCCCAACCCCGGCCCAAUCUCAGGUAUCCAUUUUAAACUCUUCUAUUGCACGCUCUGUCACUGCUCCUGCCUUCUCUGUAAACAGUCCAGCCGUCUCAACCCCUCUGCCUCUCCCUGCAGCCCCGGACGCCCCGGCUAGCUCAGGGGAGGCCGGCGCCACACAGACCUCCACCACCUCUCAGUCCAUACCAGGCCUCAGCUCCCUGGACCCCAAGUUUGAGGAGCUGAUCCUCCAGUUCGAGGCAGAGUUCGGGGACAGUUCAUCCUCUGCCCCAGUGCCCUGCCCUCCUCAGAUCCAGCCUCAGGACCAGUCCCCCUCAGCCUCAGCCCAGCCCGUGGUGAUAGAUUCUCAGCCCAACAUUACCUCAGGACAAGCCAGGCCCGCGUCACCGUCCAGCGCCGCCACCGCCACCCAGUCCUGCAGCCCCACUCCCUUAGCUUCUACAACAGCCCCACCAGCAGACCAGGACAUGGAGGUGGACACGGAGAAUGUGACAAGGGGUGUGAGUGAAGCAUCCUAUACCUCCGCCACACAGCCCUCCACUGAGAGCCCCAUGGAGGAGCAGCCCGAGGGGGCCCAGUUGCCUCUCUCGCUGCGCCAAGAGGCCCAUCUGGAGCAGCUGCAGCACCGCGUCCUUGAAGACCCCUUCACCGUGCCUCUCUCCCCCUCCGCGUCCCCGCUGCCCAAGCGCAUGAAGAUCGAGACCAAUGGGAACGUGGCUGUCCUCUCCACCACUGGAUCAUUCUCUGAGGGGGGCGAGGACGACACCCCCACUAAGGACGGCUUCCCCCUCAACCCCUCCCUAAAAGGCUUCCUGGAGUCGCCGCUACGCUACCUGGACACGCCCACUAAAAGUCUGCUAGACAUCCCCGCCAAGGACCUCCAGGCUGAGUUCCCCACCUGCGACUGUGUCGAGCAAAUCCUAGAGAAGGAUGAGGGUCCGUACUACAAUCACUUGGGCUCUGGGCCCACUGUGGCCUCCAUUCGAGACCUGAUGGAGACCAGGUAUGGAGAGAAGGGAGAUGCUAUCCGUAUUGAAAAGGUAGUCUACACCGGCCGGGAAGGCAAGAGCUCUCAGGGAUGUCCCAUCGCCAAGUGGGUGAUUCGUCGGGGCAGUGAGACAGAGAAGUUGAUGUGUCUGGUGCGUCCCCGGACGGGUCACCACUGUCCCAACGCCUUCAUCAUCAUCCUCAUCAUGGCGUGGGAGGGCGUGCCCCGGGCGCUAGGCGACAAGCUCUAUCGAGAGCUCUCUGCCACCCUCACACAGUUCGGCAACCCCACUAGCCGCCGCUGUGGACUCAACGACGAUCGUACGUGCGCGUGCCAAGGCAAGGACCCCGACAGCUGUGGAGCUUCCUUCUCCUUCGGCUGUUCCUGGAGCAUGUACUUCAACGGCUGCAAGUACGCCCGCAGCAAAACACCACGCAAGUUCAGACUAACAGGAGACCACCCCCAAGAGGAGGAUCAACUCAGGGAUAACUUCCAGGAUCUGGCCACUGAGGUGGCUCCCCUGUACAAGCAGCUGGCCCCACAGGCCUACAGUAACCAGUGUCAGAAUGAGACGAAAGCCACAGACUGCAGGUUGGGUCUGAAGGAAGGGCGGCCGUUCUCCGGCGUCACCGCCUGCAUGGACUUCUGUGCCCACGCCCACAAGGACCAGCACAACCUCUACAACGGCUGCACUGUGGUGUGCACUCUGACUAAAGAGGACAACCGUAAGGUGGGGGAGAUCCCAGAGGACGAGCAGCUCCACGUACUUCCCCUCUACAAGGCCGCCCUCACAGACGAGUUCGGCAGCGAGGAGGGCCAGCGGCAAAAGAUGCGUACAGGCGCCAUUCAGGUGCUCAACAACUUCCGCCGCGAGGUCCGCAAGCUGCCCGAGCGCGCCAAGUCCUGCCGUCAGCGUCGCCUGGACGCUAAGAACCGUGCCUCCGAGAAGAAGAAGGGCAAGCAGCAGCCGCCAACGCCCACAGAUACGCCGGAGAAACCCGGGAUCAAGAUGGAGGUCCGGCACACUGGCUCCCCUGUCAGACAGAAUGGCAAUAAAGCCAUCCCUAAGCAGGAGGUGAAGCCCACCAUAAAGAAGGAGCCAGUGGACCAGCGCUUCCAGCCCUUCCAUGGUCAGCUAGAGGGCUACCCUGCCCAGGCUGCAGACCCCUACCACGUCUACCCCUCCCACCCUGGCUACUACGCACAGGGAGGCCUCUCUUCCAAUGGCCAGCCCCCUGCACUUCCACCUCCACCAGGCCCUGUCAAUGGCUACCGCCCUAAUCUACCGGCAGCACUGCCCUAUGGCUACUACAACUACCCCCUCAACCCUAGCACACUUUUCCCCCAUGAGCUCACUUACGAGGGCUGCAAUGGCUCCUGGCACCACAUGGGGCCCAAGUUUUCCCCCAGUCCUGUGGACAAGAAGCCAGACGUUCAGAGCCUCCAGGCGAGGCUGGCUCACUCCUACUCGAGCCCAGGCCACCUCGAGCAGCAGCAGCACGGAGACCCAGCCAACCAACACCAACGCAGCGCUUACCCACACCCUCACCAGCCUGACUACAACCAAUCACGUCCCUCCUCAGUCUCCUCAGAGCCCUCCCACAGAGGGACCCCCGUCAUCAAGCAGGAGCCCAUGGAUAUGCCAGUUUAUAAGGGGGUCAAUGCCCAGAGCUGUCCCGGCACGCCCAGCACCACCCCACAGCCUGGCGCUGCUGGAGGGCCCUGGCAUGGGCACAAGCCCAACGGCAUUAGGGUGCCCAGCAGUUGGGAAGGCAACCUCCAACCACCAGGCCCCCCGGAGGCUCCCUUCACUUCAGACAAGCAGCAGUUCCACCAGCAGGGACCUCAGCAGACUUUCCAGUCCCCAUACCCCCAAGAGCAGCAUCAGCAUCCCCCACAACAGCCCUCCCCAUACUCCCAGCAGUGGAACUCUUACCAUGGCCCAAACACCCCCACAGCCUCCCCUGCGCCCUCCCCGUCCCCCUCCAUAAAGAUACCCCCGUCCCCCUUUCCCUCCUCACACCCCGGCACCCCCCGCCACUGGGACAGCCCUGAUUCCAGCCCUCAGCCUAAGGCUUGGCCCAUGGGCAUGGUUCCUGCUGGUUACAGCCCCAGUCCCACCGGAGGCUUCCCCGACACGAUGUGGUCCAAGGCGGGCGAGAGUUGGGGCUCGACCCCCUUGGGGCUCCAGGAGAAGGCCUGGAAGUCUUCCGGAGGCUCUAUGGCAGGUACACCGUCCCCGGCCCCAGAGGGACGCUUGUUCCCCGAUGCCCUACAGCAGUCGGAUGGACAGUCCCAGGCUGAGACUCCUCGCAACCUCGAAGAGGAAGAGCGGUGGUCAGACAGCGAGCAUAACUUCUUGGACCCCAGCAUCGGAGGGGUGGCGGUGGCGCCCGCCCACGGGUCCAUCCUGAUUGAGUGCGCCCGGCGCGAGCUGCACGCCACCACACCGCUCAAGAGGCCCGACCGCUCUCACCCCACCCGCAUUUCCCUGGUGUUCUACCAGCACAAGAACAUGAACCAGCCGUGCCACGGCCAGUGGAUCUGGGAGGCCAAGAUGAAGAUGCUGGCGGAGCGGGCUAGAGAGAGGCAGCAGGAGGCAGCUCUACUGGGGCUGCCCUACGAGGACAUCAAACAUGGGAAGAAACGCAAAUUGGGGGCCACGGCAGCAGGGGCCAGCCCGGGGCCUGGCCAGACCACGGACAAGAGAGAGGGGCCGGUGACGCGGCUGGCCCCCACGCGACACACCACCUCUACCGUCACUGUAUCCCCCUACGCCUUUACCACCCUCACCGGGCCCUACAGCCACUUUGUGUGAGGAUGGAUGGACACACAGACACAGACUGGUGGAGGGAGAGAGGGCUGAGCAGUCCAGGGAGGAGUGUCUCAGCCCUUCCUUUAGUCCUGUGUCUCUCUCCAUCCAUCUCUUCCUGCUCUGUGUCCUCUGGGCUGGAAGGAGGGGGACUACUGGUUUAACCCCUCGUUUUGUUUGUUUUUUACCUCAUGUCAGGCAGCAGUUUGGACCAAACCCUGGACCAUACAGACACACUGCCUGUGGUGCUCGUCCUCUUUCCUCCGCGGGGGGACUCCAUCGCUUCUCCUUCUUCAUAGAAUUUUAAUGAUCCUCCUAAUUAUCACUAUUAUUAUCAAUAUUAUUACGAUUGCUAUUGUUACUGUCAAUGUUGUUAUUACAGGUAUUGUUAUUUUUAUGAUGCUGAGUUGAUUUGUUUUUUUUUGCUGAUAUGGUUGUUUUGUCAUUAAUGUUGUUAUUAAUGAUGUGAUUGGUUUUGGUUUUGUCUUUGACCGAGGGGGUUCUGUCUCUCAGUCGGAUCUUUAUUUUUUUCCCAUAUUUCUGGAAAUCUGCCCAUUUCUUUGUUGUUUUUCCUUUGGCCUUUGACAUCCUUGUGACUGUACUUGGAGAAUGGCCUUUCUCAGCACUGCACGGCUCCUCAAGACAGCCUUUCCAGCAUAGAACUCUAAACAUUUGAAUCACUAAUCAUUACCAAAAGAGUGAAGAGAAGCGCCACCACCCACAGAAACUUCUCGGAACCAUCCGUUUUUUUAGCAACGUCCCCAAACUCAUGCCUUUUUAAAAAACUCCUGUCUUGUCUGCCGUGCUGUGAAGAGAAGGGUUCUUCUCUCGUCAUUGUUACCUUCACUCUAUUGGUGCUUCAUGUUGACCUUCAUCCUUUUCACAGGGAGGAUGUCAGUCACUCCAUUUCUCUACUCUUCAUGGCACUAGAUGCUGAAUAUAAGGAAGGGUGCUUUUAUGGCAUAGACGUAGAGUGAGUAGAACAACAGGCACUAGAAGUCCUCAUCAUCCUUCAGGUGUUGGUUGAGAGAUCUAUCCCUCCAGUUCUAUGACUCCCCUGUAAGCCCCUGUAACAUGGUGCACUGAUACACACAGACACAUGCACGCACACACAAAGCUCUUGUCAUCCAGCCAGCACAGAGCAAUGCCUUACUGCUUUAAACCACCGAAGCAUGGCCGCUAAAGUCUGGUCCUUCCAAUGACCGCAGGCAGCACGGGCCACGCAAGGCCUUUACACUGAAACCGGAGACAUUGAUGGGAAUAGUGUGUGGACAGAAAUGCACUCCUAAACACACACUGGUGCUUUCUCUACACAUGUCGACACACAAAGGGCUCAGUCAGUCAGUCCUGCUUUCUGCAUGGUGCUGUUGGUUGUCUUGAAGCAGAGCUAGGUUUGUCUCUAUGCAUACAUUGUCACAACAGAGCCAGUAAAAAUGUAUUCACCAAUCCUGGCUGCCUCUGCAUUGGCCCUAAGUCAUCAAGUGUUGCAGUCAGUGGGUUGAGCCCCAGCUGUCUCUAUCUAAUGUGCACCACAGUGGACUGGGCUAUAAGAGGUUGUGAAUCUUUUUCCCACAUCUUGCACUAAGAUCCUCCUCAGCCUGUUAGAGAGGCCUCUCACUCAGUGCAGCGCUGCAUGUUUUAUCCAGCUCUUAGCUUUGUGUGUGUGUGUGUGUGUGUGUGUGUGUGUGUGUGUGUGUGUGUGUGUGUGUGUGUGUGUGUGUGUGUGUGUGUGUGUGCGCGUGCGCGUGCCAGAGCCUGCUUGGUGCUCACUUCUGAGAUGAAAAACCCUGGUGCUUAUGAAGUUGUCGAUAUAGAGCUCUCUAUACCUCAACGUUGCAGAGACACUGGUCACGGUUGCAAAAAGCUAGAAACACACACAGGCACCACAGAGGACAGAGAAACAUGAAAAACAUCAGUCCACAGCUUCCCUGUGUGCUCUCUUAUCUAAACUCAUUUUAAUCCACUUUUUUAUUCUUAUUUAUUACAUGAUAAUGAUGAUUGUUUUUCUUUUUUUUUAUAUAGGUAAUACAAAUUGUACAUACAGAAGAAAAGAUUUUAUAAAAGCACUUUUAAUCUUGAAAAAAUAACAGAUUAUUGACAACUUGAAGCUUUGUUUUUUUUGGUUUGUGUUUUUUUGAGGGGGGAGAGAUAAAAAAUGUAAAUAUUUAAAAUAUUUAGGUAAGAUUAUUUAACUGGUGAGGGAUAAUGACUAAAUCAUGAAUGAUUGCAGGCUUUUAAGUCCAGUCAGUUUGUCAGACAGCCUUCAGCAGCAGAAAGCAACACAGAGAUUUCCAAUGUGCUGUUGUGUCUGUUGAUGUAUACUCAAUACUGCUGUCCGGAUUUCAUUAGUACUGUACUACACGAUACCUCUGACAGCAACCAACCAGUCCCCCUUCAUGAGAAGAGAUAGACCUAAUCAGUAAUCAGGCUGCUUAUAAACCUGAGUAUGAUAUCUAGCUAUCCGUUCUGAGAACCAAUGCUAAACGAAGGGCUCUGUAAUCAAUCCGUAUCGCAGAAAUUCAGUGGUAAAGCCCAAUUGAAAUUUAAACUCAACGGUCCGGUGUUGGAAGAGACGGCAUUCACGCUAAAUGCAUCACAUGUCGGCGCAAUCGGGAAAUGACUACAUUUCUAUCACGAAAUCUGUAACGCUUCAACGAUACGGAUUGAAUAGAGCUCAAAAUAUGUUUUUUUUUUUUUACACGAGAAUCAAACAGGUGCAGAAUCAAACUCAUCAGAAAUGUGUGAGAGAACUCUAGUGACAGAGGUGGGGUGUAGCCCCAGCAAUCUAUCUUGUUCAUUGUGUUAGACUAUGAGGUGAGAGGUUGCCACCACCGUAACUCAUUUUUAAUGUGGUUGUUGGUUAUUAUUAUCAAUGAUAGUGAUUAUAACAGUAGUGACGGAUGUAACCGUAAUGAAAAACCAUGACAACUUAACACUUGUAGUACCCGACUGAAGGUACAGUGCAUUACUGGAAGACACCAGAUAAUACCUGGUAGUAUAGUUUGUAAUAUUGUCUUUUGUUAAUUGUCAUAGAUUGUCACAGACAUGACCAACAAGACUUUGACUAACUUAGGGACUGGGGGGAAAAUAUGCCUGUUCCUUUGUCUCACAACUAGUCAUGAUCCGGUUUCAAUUGUAUUCUAUUCUCACUGUUAGAACAAACUCCCCCUUUCAGAACGACAAUGCAUGAGUCACACACAGUUAUAAUGAUCCAGUCAUAUUUAUGAUCCGUAUGUAAUAAUGGGUGCUGAUCAUUAUGUUCUUCAGAUGAAUUUUUUAAAUUUCUAUUCAAGACGUGAUGGAAAUAACAGAAAAAUGCUCAAAGGAGGCUGGUGCUAUGGUGCCCCCCCCCCCCCCGUGGGAUAGUGUGUGUGUGUUGGGGGAGGGGGGGGGGUUAUAUCACUGAUAUUUUUUAGAGCUCUUAGAAUGAUAAGAGGAACUAUUAUUUUAAAUAUGUUAGUUUCAGUGGAUGGGGAACUUCUCCGGUGCUGAUCUUAUGGGAAUUUCCCAUUCAUGUUCAAGGCAGUGAACAAAAAAAAAUGACAACUGUUGAAUUGAAGCACUCACACAUUUCAUACAUACACUUUUAUUAAUCCUUGUCCCCAUAAGGUACUUUUAACUGGUAUGGGGAUUGAAUGAUCAUAUUAUAUUGAAGUGAACAGACUGUUAUCUUAAUUGAAAUUGAAGCUAUUCUAUUAAACAUGACUGUUUGGGUAUGUUGUACAUUUUAAUGGUGAGGGGAGAAUGUUAAAAUAUUGGAACAAUUGUGUACUCCCACGCUAUUUUUCUCCCUCAUGCACUUAUUUUCUUACGUACUUAUACACUCACUAACUGCUUACACAUCUCACAUAUUUCCUCACAUACUUUCCAGCUCUCUCUCUACCCUCCCCCCCUCUCUCUUCCUUUUCUCCCUCCCCCCUCUCUCUUCCUCCCCCCUCUCUCUUCCCCCCGUUCUCCUUCUCACAAACGCAGACAAAUAUUAUCACAAUUUAUACCCCCCUCUCAGUUCUCAAGUUUAAAUCGUGCCCCAAAUAAACAGAAAACAAACAAAACACCACAACUGGCAGCUACAUUCCUUUUUGAGUUCAAAGAUUGUUCUUGGUUCUAUUUUUUCAUGUCAAGUAUGCAGUAUGUAAAAAAGUUGUUUUGUUUUUGUUCAGUCUCUCUUUGUAGCUGUAUGGUGUAUUAUGUGAAUACAUAGUGUAUGUGGUACAACCCACAAUACUGUUUUAUGUUGCGCGAUAAAUAAAAAGCUAAAAAUGAAAAUCA